UCUGACAGUUAAGGUUAUGUUAUAACCUCAAAAUCCACAUCAAUAUAAUUUAAAACGAUUCUUUUUAGGAUGUCACUAAUUUCUUUGAGCAAAAUAAUAUUCGUCUUUACAGUUUAUCUUAUUAUCUUCUCCGCCUUACUUUUACCCAUUUUAUUUUACAUCCUACGCUGGAGAUGUCUUUCGAGGAAGAAGGAUCGGAGUAAACUUCGAGUCGCUUUCUUUCAUCCUUAUUGCAACGCCGGCGGGGGAGGUGAAAAAGUGCUUUGGGUUGCAAUACAAGCUUUACAAAAACGACACCCGGAAAUCGAAAUUUUCGUUUAUACCGGCGAUGUGGGGGUUACCCCAGAAGAAAUUAAGCUGAAAAUACGUAAUAAUCUUAACGUACAUUUAGAGGAAGGCGUUAAAUUCGUUUAUUUGAGUAAACGAAGGUUUGUGGAGGCCCAAAUGUACCCCUACUUUACGUUAUUGGGCCAAAGUCUCGGUUCGAUUUAUUUGGGUUACGAAGCUUUAAAAUCAUUGAGUCCAGAUAUUUUUAUUGACACAACCGGUUUCGCUUUUACCCUCCCCAUUUUCAAAUAUAUCGGGGGUUGCAAAACUGCUUGUUAUGUUCAUUACCCCACGAUAACAGUUGAGAUGCUAAAACGCGUCUCAACUCGCCAAGUGAUGUACAAUAAUCGAAGCACGAUCGCUCGAAGUCCUUUUUUAACAACCGGAAAACUGAUUUAUUAUCGAUUAUUCGCCUGGCUUUAUUCAUUAGCUGGAGAUUGUUCUGAUGUGUCGAUGGUGAAUUCAACGUUUACUUUGGAGCAUUUAACUUCGCUUUGGAGUCGUCCUUUACGGUUGGUUUACCCCCCGUGUGAAGUGAAUCAUUUAAAAACGUUAAAAAGGAGUGGAUCUUUCCCGGAAAAUAUUCGAAUUUUAUCUUUGGCGCAAUUCCGACCGGAAAAGGACCAUCAGUUACAAAUUCAAGCUAUGUAUGAAUUGAGGGAGAUAAUUUCUGAGGUGGAUUUUGAAAGGAUUACUUUAGUUUUAUGCGGAAGUUGUCGCAACGAAGACGACACAAUCCGCGUAAAAGAUUUAAAGGAUUUUAGUAAACAUUUAAGCUUAGAGAAUAGAGUUGAAUUUCGCGUUAAUAUCACCUAUGAGGAAUUAUUAAAAGAAUUCGAGAGUGCUUCGUUAGGAAUACAUACGAUGAUUGAUGAACAUUUUGGAAUUGGAGUUGUUGAAUUAUUAGCAGCUGGGUUAAUUACGAUUGCGCAUAAAUCCGGGGGACCUUUACUUGAUAUUAUUGAAACGACCGAAUCAUCUAGGUUAGGUUAUUUAGCAAUUUCAGCUAAGGAAUACGCUCAAACGAUAAAACAUGUUUUAACGAUGGAUGAAAGAUCUGUUUUGGACUUAAUCGAGCGGGCGCGAGCUUCCGUCGAUCGAUUCUCGAAUAAAAAAUUUCAAGAUGAAUUUUUGAAAGCUGUUGAUUAUUUGUUCGAGACGAAUUAGAAUGGAAUGUUGUAGCUUAAAGAUAAAAGAUAGAGUUUAAGAGAAAUAAAUGCGCUUAAAUAAAGAAUUUUGAAAAACA